AUGGACUCUAGAUCCUUUUCACCAGAUUCGAAGGCGUCGACCUUUCCGUCCCAUAUGCUGAACGAUAGAUCCCCCUUGUGUUCUUCCACGAGCCCUAGCUCUGGUGAAUGCGGUCAGGAUGCCCCUAAACAUCAGAACAACGGUUCACCCGUCAACCCUUCAUUCGCUUGUCGCGUUCCCCUUGAGUUAAAUUCAGUUGAGGAGGGGCCUGCCGGCGCCCCCGCCUCUGGUCUCGCUACCCAAGAUACUGGAGCCGCCUAUACCACAGUGAUCUUACGUUGCCGACCUACAUUCAAUGAGUCGCCUCACGAGCCCUGGGAUGGCAAGGAAGACUUCCCUUCUGUGCCAUACCCACUAGACCUCGAAGCAAGACAACAGUUGGAGUCGACGCAGGGACAACAUGAAGAGCGAGUCCAGAAGCUUGCGCGGGCUGUGCGGACGAUUCUUGAAUGCGUUGGUGAAGAACCAGAGAGAGAAGGUCUACGUGCGACACCGGAGCGAUAUGCCAAUGCCAUGCUCUAUUUUACCAAGGGCUACGCGGAGAAUGUCCAUGACCUGGUUAAUGGAGCUGUGUUCCACGAGGGCCACGAUGAACUAGUCAUUUUGAGGGAUAUCGAUGUCUUCUCCCUCUGCGAACACCACAUGGUUCCCUUUACUGGAAAGGUGCACAUCGGCUACAUCCCGGAUAGCCGCAUCCUUGGUCUUUCCAAAAUGGUCCACUUAGUUGAAAUGUUUGCCCGCAGACUCCAGGUUCAGGAGCGCCUGACCAAGCAGGUUGCUCUGGCCAUUUCUGAGGCGCUCAAUCCUCGGGGAGUCGCUGUUGUCAUGGAAUCCUCUCAUCUUUGCAUGGUCAUGCGCGGCGUACAGAAGGCCGGGAGCACCACAACUACAAGCUGCAUGGUGGGAUGCAUGCGGUCGAGUGCAAAUGCCAGAGAGGAAUUCUUGGCGCUCCUGAAUCGAAGAUAG